UCCGGCGGAAGUGCGGCGGUUGCCAUGGGGACGCGGCCUAGCCGCCAUGGCGGGGCCGAGCUGGCUGGAGCGGCUGCGCAGGGCCCGCAAGAGCGCGCUGCUGCAAGACGGGAAGAGGAAGGUCCAUUACCUGUUUGAGGAUGGGCUGGAGAUGGCUGAGGAGUACGACCUGAAGACCAGCCAGCUGCUGGCUAGAAAGUGGCGAGAGAAGACUGCUCUGGGGAGCUCCGGCAAGUGGCAGGUUGAGGUGGGAGAGCCGACCAGCCACACUGCGGGAGCGCUGGAAUCCGAGCUCAUCAAGGAAAGCAGCUCCAAUCCCAUCUUCGUGAGGAGAGACACUCAGACCAGUUUCCAGUGGCGCAUCCGGAACCUGCCCUACCCCAAAGAGGUCUACAGUGUCUCCGUGGAGAAGGAGCAGCGCUGCUGUGUCAUCCGUACCACCAACAAGAAGUCAGUCCUGAAGCAAGUCCCUCCCUGGGCCUGGAGAGAGCAGCAGACGCCGGUACCAGCUGGUAUUACAAGAAGUUCCCCAUUCCUGACAUGGACAGAUACCAGCUUCCCCUGGACGCGGCUGCCCUGAGUUUCACUUACGCCAAUGCCACCCUCAUCAUCACGUACCGGAAGCCCCAGGAGAUCCUGGCUGCGGAGGAAGAGCUGCAGAAGGAGCUGCAGAAGAUCAAGGCCGCUAACGAUGGGGACGGGGAGUGCAAGACCCAGUAGGCGAUGGCUGCGGUGGGGGUUGGGGUUCUCCUG